CUUUUUCAAUGUGACUCGGUAUAACGUGGGUUUUUGAGAUUUUCCUGAACAUGUAAGUUAGUUACCUAGUUUGCCCUUCACUCUUCAUAUCGACCAAGCGGCAGCCAUGUUGCUCCCGUCCGACGUCGCCCGGCUGGUUUUGGGGUACCUCCAAGAAGAGCGGCUGUGCGCGACCACCCAAGCCUUCAUCCACGAGUGCCCGAACCUCAAAGAGUACGCAGAACACUCCACGGAGGACGGGACGAUUCCCGCCUGCGUUUUCUCCGUCUUUGGGAAAGGCCUGACAACCAUUUUAAACGAGUAUAUAGCUGCCAAAACAAAAGAGUCUUGUCGCGAGGUUCCAGCUGUGAUGACCUCGUUGUGGAAAAAGCUGGACUUUACACUCAACCAGAUCAAGUCAUUGCAGAAUUCCCCGGCUAUAUCAGCAAAUCAGAGAAUACGUUCACGCCACGGAGCGGCAAACAUGGCGAGACAGCGGGCCUUGGCCGUGGCCUCGCCUGGUGGCGAGGUCUGCUCCUCCGUUUCUGAGGCCAGCUCCAUCGUCAACCCCGCAAACAUCUCCCACAGCAUGCUCGGCCACUCCACGCCCGUGAGCUACACUUCGGUGCACAGCCGGCCAGCUAACAGCAGCGGCACGCACCAGCAGAUCCUUGAUGGCAGCCGAUUGCUAAAUGCACCCAGGGAUUCACCAAUACAGAUAAUUGUUUCAGAACAUCGGCUGAACCCAGGUCCAAUGUCUCCUGGACGGCGGAAAUGGGACACCCCCAGGAAGAGAGGUGGUGCCCAGAGUGAGUCCAGUACCACUAGCAGAUGUGCUCUGGCUGUCAGUACCCCCAAUGCAGAACCUCAACCUGAAGAGGCUGUUGAUGGGAACUUUCCUCAGCUCGUAAUACAAAAUGCACGGGACAAAAUAUUGGGAGACCGAUCGUUACAAGAAAAGCUGGCUGAAAACAUCAACAAAAUCCUCGCCAAUGAGCCAAUGCCCCAAACACCUAAGGACCCUUCAAGCACAGUGGAGGCAGACCAGUCCAUAGAUGAAAUCCUGGGUUUACAGGGGGAAAUCCACAUGAGUAACGAUGCCAUCCAUGACAUUUUGGAGCAAACAGAGUCAGACCCGGCCUUUCACGCCCUCUUUGAGCUCUUCGAUUACAAUAAGACACGUUUUCCCGAUGGCGAACCGGAGGAUGGAGACAUCAGCUGCAGCCCAGAAGCGGACGACCCGGCUGGACCUUUAUCUACAGUCGGACCCCUUCCGAGUGAUGUUCCAGGUAUAAAUUCUGGCCCCGCACACCGAGAGGCUAAGGCUUCGGAAGCAACGGCAAUGGCCGUUAAGAUGAAAGCUGGACAAGAGCAUAGAACCAGAAAGUCCGCUGCCCCCACCCUGCUAAAGAAAGUAGUCCUUGGCCCCAGCAGCCGGGCAUCUCGAAUUGAAAACAGUUCAGCCAAGCUGUUGGUGAGUUGCGGGGAGCCCCGAGGCGUCCCGUCUGCCGCCGUGGACUCAAGCGGAAAAGGGAAAGCUUCACUGUUUGAUAACGGUGUUUUUGUAACACCAAUGGACAUCGACGAACCGCUGAACACGCCUCCCCCUCCUCCGGACAGUACGCCCGCCGAGGAGCCCGCCACUCAGCCAGUCCCCGCUUUCCCCAGUGAAUCGGCUGUUCUUCCCUCUGCUGCAUCAAACGCAGCACAACACGCUGCAGCCCCCUCUGCUUUUUUGUUUCCUUUGCACGUCGAGCUAAACAGCGCUCCGGCGCUGAACGCCGACUUACCUCGCACGCCGCUUCCGAGCAGUGGAAGAGACACUCAACCGGGGGCGACUCUCUCAGCGACGCCGAUAUUGGCCUCUCGCACUCCUCCAACUAGCGGUUCCCCAGCUGUGCCCGCCUCGCCCUCGUCGGCAUCUACCUCGGCGACGCUAACGGCUACGCCGGCCUCGUCCCUACCGGUCUCACCCGCGUCCUCGUCCUCUUUUGCCCCGGUCGGUGCAGCGGCUGAUCCUCCACCCGUCAAACCGCACACCACCCCGAGCAAGGCCGCAGCAUCCGGGGACAUCGUUUCUUUGGAGAUCAUCAUUAGCGAUAACCAGGAGGAAGAUCAUUCCGGCACCGUGGCUUUGAAUCAGGCAAUUUCUAGCAUUUCCGGAGACAAUAUCCCCACCAUCUAUCUGUCCUCUCCAGCCAAGUCCUCCGGAGUACCCGGCACACCAAGGGCCACCUCGGAUGAGGCGGCACAGGCGGUAAGUGGCUUACAAAGCUCUGAGGUGAAUGCCAGUCCUCUCGGCUGUAAGGCCGGAGCGCUAGUCACAUCUCCAUUACCGGGGACCUCACAAGCCCAGCAGAACUUCCUGAUUCAGCUCCCCCUGAGCACUGCUAACGCGGCACUCCAAGCAGCCACUGCCAGCUAUUUCCUGGUGACUGAACCCCCGACUACGGAUGCUCAAAGCAGACAGGUGUUACUGUCCACAGGAGUCCCAAUGGGACAGCCUGUGCCCGCCAACCAGUUUGGGGUGACCACACCACCUCGCUCUCGAGGCCCCUCCACUGGACCAACUCUCAUUUUACCAUCACCUGCGAAGCCCAUGUUGCUUCCUGUUUCUGUUAUCGGGCCAAACACUCUGGGGAAGGUCCAUGUGGUGUCCAAUCAGCUUGUUGCCAUUCCAAACCUAGUACCGUUACAGCAGUCCGGAACUGGCAAGCCAACGUCUCCCGCGGUGGCGAUCAAACAGUCUACACCUGCCGGCGCUGAACAACACCCGGUUGGUAAGUUGGUUACAGCUGUGCUGGCUGAAGACACAGACCAGCAGGAUACGGCAACAGGUCCCAGUCAUAGGAGAAUUCUAUGUUUUGACUCCUCAGUUCAACCACAAACUCCUAAAACGACCAAAACCACCAAACCUGCAGCUUCAAAUGCAUCUCUGCCACGCCGUGUCCAAGGUGAUAAACAGAUGGCUACUCGGAGUAAACCUGCUAUCUUGGGUGGCAACAAGCCCAGGAGGAGAAUAGAGACUGUCAGAUGCUCAACAGAUACUCGGACCGGAGAAGGCUUCAUGAAGGAGGGCGAGACGUCCGUUCCUCCACAACAGCACCAGAAAGUUUCUCUUAAAAAGACCCCUCGCAAACAAGAUCACAGCACCCAAAACAAAGAUCCUCAACGUGUUGCCCCGCAGGCUGAGACUUUGAAAAGGUCUAAAUCAGAAAAGCGAUCAAAAUCUAUAGACUGCAUACAAUCUCAUGAUAAGGGGGGCGAUGCAGCGAAGGCUAAGGAAUCUGAUACUUCUAAGUUGUUGCCGUCCUCUGAUUGUGCUCUGAAAUCUGGACCUAGAAAGGAGAAAGAGGAGAGCAGCAGGAAAGAACCCGCAGAAAAGGCUGCUGGCAAAUCCCGCGAGGGGCGUGUAGAAAAGAGGACUCCUUCUCAGGAGGCGCCCAAUGUGAUGGCUAACAAGGAAAACGAAAUCAAAGGCGGCGUGCAAGAGCAGCAGUCGGCACCUUCAUCCGUGGUGUCAAGAGACUUCAGCCCUCCGGCUGUCACCCAGCCUGCAUCUAACCCUCCGUCCAAGGCUACCAAAGCGCCCUCAAAGACCAGCUCGCUGGUCAAGCAGGCGGCGGAGAUGCUGCACGACAUCAACGGGCUCGACUCUCCGUCCUCCCCGGUCAAGAGGCCCGCGGCUGCCGGUUCGGACCACGUUGGGGGUCCCCCCCGCACCCCGGGGCCCGGCCGCGGCCUAGAGGAGUCCGUUGACCGCGCCAGGACGCCUUCCCGGCAGAGGAGAGGCCGAGACGGGGAGGGGACUCCAAAGCACCUGAUUCCUCCCAACACCCCGGACGUCCCCGGCUGCAGCCCGGCCAGCGAGGCCGGCAGUGAGAACAGCAUCAACAUGGCCGCCCACACGCUCAUGAUCCUUUCGCGUGCCGCCAUCGCCAGGACGGGCACGCCGCUGAAGGACAGCCUGCGUCAGGAGGAGGCGGGAGAAAAUUCGCCCACGAGCUCAAAGAGCUCUAAGAAGCGCAAACCGGCGUCUCCCACAGCCAGCCCGCGUGCCAAGAAAGAGUCCAAACAAUCUCCCAGCCAGAAGAGCGACCGGGAAAGGAAGAAACUUGUAGAUUUCUUUCCUCAUGACUUGGAUGUGGAUAAGUUCCUGUCUUCUCUCCACUAUGACGAGUGAAACGGGACACACCAACAAGGAGAGGACCACUGCUGUCUCCUUCAGUUACUACCCAGGAAUAGAACAAGCCAUCUGCUCAAUUGGUUCCUAGUCGAAACCUUUGCCUGAGACCUUAUAAGCCGCAAAGUCUUGUAAGGUCUCAGGACUUUGAUUUGCUUCCUUUAUGGAUGAUCAGCAUACAGUGUUGUUCCAUGUAGCAGCAGUAGGGUAACCAUGGCUCUUUUUUUCCUCAUGCUUACUUCUGUUUAAAUUAUUGUUGUUUUGUAUAGACAACAUCACUUGUUUUGGGGACCUUUUAACAUACUUUGGGCAUGUUGAUAAAAUGGUGACUCAAAGCAUUUUCUUGGUCAAUAUUUGACUCUGUUUUGAUUGAUCCCUUUCAGCCAGGAAGAUUAAUGUAAAGAUUGUCGUUUGUCAUUUUGUGUUUAGUUUGUCAUGUCCAGAGAAGUCUAGUUAAUUGAAGAUGGAAAAGUUAUGUAAAACCAUACACAAAUUAAAAAUUGCAUACUCAGACUUCAAUGUUUUAAUAAAAGCAAUCUUUGUGAAUAUUU